CCAGUCGCGUCGCGUCGUCGCAAGAACACAGACCUCGUCGCGCUCGCAUCGACAAAAUGGGCAAGGCCAAGGCCCCGCCCUUCAAGGCGUCGGCGACGCCGUCGCUGGCGCUCCUCCUCAACCCCCUCGCCUGGCUCCUCUGGAUCCUCGACUUCCUGCUGUGGUUCGCCCUCUUCGGCUGGGUGAAGACGCUGAAGCAGGUGAUGAAGGGCCCCUACUCCGUCGAGUGCGGCGGCACGGCCGUGCGCCGCAAGACGAGCGCGCUCGGCGGCCUCUCGACGAGCCCCGUGCCCGCGUCCGAGGGCGACGUCCGCACGACGGGCGCCCUGCUCAAGCACGUGGCGAAGAAGUACGGCUCCUACCGCGCCAUGGGCACGCGCACGUUCCUCGGCGACUACAAGCCCGAGGGCGCCAAGUUCCCCCUCAAGAAAUUCGGCGAGACGACGUGGAUCACGUUCCAGGAACUGCACGACCGGUCCACGCGCUUCGGCGCCGCGCUCGUCGACAAGUCCGUGGGCAUGAAGCCCCUGCCCCCGGGCUGCGAUGUGGAGAAGGUCACGGGCCCCCACACCGUGCUCCUCUUCGAGGACACGUCGGCCGAGUGGAUGAUCUGCGCGCUCGGCGCGCUGAGCCAGUCGCUCGUCGUGGCGACGUCGUACGCGACGCUGGGCAUCGACGCCGUCGGCGAGGCCAUCAACGAGAGCCACGUGCCCGUCGUCGUCGCGAACCGCAAGCAGGUCGCCAAGGUCUGCGGGCUCAAGGCCCGGUGCCCGUCGCUCAAGACCAUCGUCUACACGGAGGUCAACGUCGCGCCGGCGGACCAGGGUGCGCCGCCGGACGCGGCCAAGGGCGUGCGCGCGCUCGCGCUCGAGGACGCCCUCGCCCUCGGCGACUCCGUCCUCGGCGCGACGUCCGCGCCGACCCUCGACCCGAAGCAGGUCGCGGUGAUCAUGUACACGUCCGGCUCCACGGGCAAGCCCAAGGGCGUCAUGCUCAAGCACGAGUCGAUCCUCUCGUCGAUAUCCGGCUGCAUGGAGGUGUUGGGCCCCGUGUCGUCGCCCGGCGACAACUACCUCGGCUACCUGCCCCAGGCCCACAUCCUCGAGUUCUGCGCGGAGCUCACGUGCCUCACGCUCGGCAUGAACAUCGGCUACGCGGACCCGCGGACGCUGACGUCGACGGGCGCGGUGCGCGAGCGGCCCGACGGCACGAUCAACCGGGCGCCGAGCGACGUGCACCCGCCGGGCGCGAUCCAGGAGUUCAAGCCCACGUUCAUGGCCGGCGUGCCCAAGGUCUGGGACAUCCUCAAGAAGGGCAUGGAGGACAAGGUCGCGGAGAUGUCGUUCCUCAAGAAGCUCGUCUUCGAGAUCUGCUUCGUCGGCCGGGCCUACGCGCUGCGCCAGCACCGCGACUCGCCGCUCCUCAAGCUCCUCGUCUUCAAGAAGUUCUCCGCCAUGCUCGGCGGCAAUUUGAAGGGCACGAUCUCCGGCGGCGGCGCCAUCGCGUCGGAGGUGCAGACGUUCGUGCGCACGGCGUUCUCCGCGCCGGCGGUCCAGGGCUACGCGCUGACGGAGACGUGCUGCUCGGCGACGAUCCAGCCCAUGGACGACAACAACCUGGAUGGGGUCGCGGGCCCGCCGCUGACGUCCGUGGAGAUCCGGUUGGAGUCGUGCGACAUCAACGACCGCGACGGCAAGCCGUACCUCUCUACCGAUAAGAGCCACUACGGCGCGCCCUGCUGCGGCCGCGGCGAGGUCCAGAUGAAGGGCCCGCCCCUCACGGCGGGCUACUUCAAGCAGCCGGACAAGACCGCGGAGGUCUUCACGGCCGACGGCUGGUUCCGCAGCGGCGACGUCGGCGUCUGGCGGCCCGACGGCAUGCUCGUGAUCGUCGACCGCCUCAAGAACCUCAUCAAGCUCAAGGGCGGCGAGUACAUCGCCAUCGAGUCCAUGGAGAAGGAGUACUCGACGAGCCCCUACGUGUCGGGCGCGAACGGGGGGCUGCUGUGCUACGGCGACUCCGACAUGGACCGGCCCGUCGCGUUCGUCGUCGCCGACGAGAAGAAGCUCCAGCAGUACGCGGACGAACACGGCAUUGCCUACGCCUCCUUCGAGGCGCUCUGCGCCGACGAGGCCAUGAACGCGGAGGUGCUGCGGUCCCUCGUCGCCGCGGGCAAGGCGGGCAAGCUCGGGAGCAACGAGAUCCUCGCGGGCGUGCUGUUGCUGCCGGGCACGGGCGCGAAGGAGACCAUCCCGCCGGCCUUCGAGGACCCCUGGACGCCGGAGAACGGCAUGCUCACGGCGUCCAACAAGCUCCAGCGCAAGCCCAUCAUCAAGGAGUACGGCGCCAAGGGCCGCAUGGAGGCCCUCAAGGCCAAGGGCAUCAAGUAGACGGCCCCGCUCGAACUGACGAGCCGCGCGCGCGCGCGGACCAAAACCAAAGACCCCCGCUCCCCCCCCAAAAGCCCCCGCCCCUGGUGAUCCUAGUACUGUGCGUCC